AUGUUUAAUGUUUGUAAUGCUACACACUAUGUCAAGGAGUGUUCUCUUAGCGCUUUACUUUAUGAUUUUGUUGCUGAGGCAUUUGACUUGGAUUAUCCCGGUAAAAUCCCCGGUUAUUAUCCUUCGAUUGUGGGUUCUUUCAAUGGAUUGCUUUGUCUUGCUGUCGCAGCAACUGACAGAUUAUUAUAUAACUUGUUUCUAUGGAAUCCAUCAAUUAGAAAGUAUAAGAAAUUGCCUAAUUAUACACUUGAUGUAAGCCGCCGUUACAAUUUGGACAAACAUCGUUACAGUUUCAGAUUUGGUUUUGCAUAUGAUGCUUUCCGAGAUGAUUACAAGGUAUUGGGUAUUUUUCCUAUUAACAGAAAUGGACGAUUGUGUCAUGUUAAGGUCAAAAUAUAUAGUCUAAAGUCUGAUUCGUGGAGAGAUAUUGAUGAUUUUCAGGGUAGGCAGCUGUUGUCUGUAUCGGGUAAGCUUGUGAAUCAGAAACUCCAUUGGCUUGACAGGGACCGGAACAUCAUUUCGAUUGAUUUGGCUGAUGAGAAAUGGGCAGAGGUAGAGAAGCCCUCUGAUUUUAAAGGGUGUGAUUUUUUGGUGCUAGGAGUGUUUGGAAAUGAUCUUUCUGCAUUUUGUAAUUACGAGCGGAUGACUCAUGUAGAUAUCUGGGUUAUGAAGGAGUAUGGGGUAAAAGAAUCUUGGACAAAGAUGUUUACCAUCAACUUUCCUGAUCGUCCUACGGAAUAUAUUUUUACUCCACCCAUUUUUAUGUCAAAUGAAGGUGAAGUUUUGCUUCACUUUGGAUCAUGUUUCACGAAAUACAAUCUAAAGGAUGACUCGACCAGAUAUCUAGAUGUUACUAACUUUGCUCCAUGUCUUGAGGAGGCAGAAAUCUAUGUUACGAGCCUAGUUUGUCCCUUUUUUACAGAAGGGACCACGAAGGCAACAUCAACGGAGCUGAAAUAA